AUGUGUGGCAUUUUCGCCUGCCACAGUCACCCCGACGUCCUCAAGUUCAAGCCGACUGCCCUCAAGCUUGCAAAGGCAGUGCGACAUCGGGGACCUGAUUGGAGCGGCAGCGUUAUUUCUCACAACACGAUUCUGUGCCAUGAACGGCUCAGCAUCGUCGGCGUUGCAGAGAGCGGAGCUCAGCCACUCACCAAUGCCGAUGAGAGCAUUGUCCUCGCCGUCAAUGGCGAGAUUUACAACCACCGUCUGAUUCGGAAGAACUUGAAGACGCCGUAUCACUUCAAGACCACGUCGGACUGCGAGGUCAUUAUUCCUCUGUACAUGGAACACGGCCUCGACGCGCCGAAAUAUCUCGAUGGCAUGUUCUCGUUUGUCCUCUACGACAAGAAGCUGGACCGCACGAUAGCCGCACGCGAUCCGAUCGGCAUUACAACGUUUUACCAGGGCUGGUCGUCAGAGCAGCCAAGCGCCACAUACUUCGCCUCGGAACUGAAGUGCUUGCACCCCGUCUGCGACAAGAUCGAGUCUUUCCCGCCCGGACAUGUUUACGACAGCUUGACCGGCGAGCGGACCAGGUAUUUCCAACCGACAUGGUGGGAUGGGUCCCGGAUCCCCGAGAAGCCGCUCGACCUCAAGCUUCUGCGCGAGACACUCGAAAAGUCUGUCAGGAAACGCCUCAUGGCCGAGGUUCCCUAUGGUGUCCUGCUUUCGGGUGGCCUUGACUCGAGUCUGGUUGCGUCUAUCGCCCAGCGGGAAACCCUGAGGCUGAAGAAACUGGCCGAGGCAACCAACGGCACCGCUGAACAGGAGGUCGAUCUCAACAAGGGCGAGGGCUUGGUCGGCAUUGAUGACGAUAACAAGCUGUCAACAAUGACUUUCCUUCCACAGCUCAACUCCUUCUCGAUUGGCCUCCCCGGGUCUCCCGACAACGAGGCGGCAUUGAAGGUGGCCAAGUUCCUUGGCACAAAGCAUCACGUCAUGACCUUCACGAUUGAGGAUGGCCUCAACGCGCUCUCGGAUGUCAUUUACCACCUUGAGACGUACGAUGUCACGACCAUCCGCGCCUCGACGCCCAUGUACUUGCUUUCGCGCAAGAUCAAGGCGAUGGGUAUCAAGAUGGUUCUCAGUGGCGAAGGUAGUGACGAGAUCUUUGGCGGAUACCUGUACUUCCAUGGGGCUCCUGACAAGGCCGCAUUCCAUGAAGAGUGUGUUCGUCGCGUGAAGAACCUGCAUUUGGCCGACUGCCUGCGGGCCAACAAGUCCACCUCGGCCUGGGGUCUUGAGGCUCGUGUGCCAUUCCUGGACAAGGAGUUCCUCGAGGUCGCCAUGAACAUUGACCCCAAGGAGAAGAUGAUCACGAACGAAAGGAUUGAGAAAUACAUCCUGCGGAAGGCGUUUGACACCUCGGACGAACCUGGCGCCGAGCCGUACCUGCCAGAGAACAUCCUCUGGCGGCAAAAGGAGCAGUUCUCGGACGGCGUCGGCUACGGGUGGAUCGACGCCCUCAAAGACAACGCCGAGUUGCACGUUACUGACGAGAUGAUGAAGAACCCCAAGCCCGAGUGGGGUGACGACAUUCCGGACACCAAGGAGGCAUACUGGUACCGGUUGAUGUUCGACGAGCACUUCCCGCCUUCGUGCGCCUCGACCGUCAUGAGGUGGACUCCCAAGUGGUCGAAGCAGACUGACCCCAGCGGCAGAGCUAUCGCAAUCCAUAAGGCAAAGUACCAGGAUGCUUAA